GGACGCCUGUUUCUUUCGGCAAGCAAGCAGGCCAACUCCUUCACUCGCCGCCCUGACCCUCCCACAUGUCAAACAGCACCACCCGCUUCACUCUAGUCGCCGCCGCCCUACGCAACGGCGGCGGCAUCGGCGUCAACAACUGCCUGCCGUGGCGAAUUCCUGGCGACAUGACCUUCUUCCAGAAAGUCACAACCUGGCUAGGACGGGGCUCGUCGCAGCCUUUCACACACAACACAGAACAUGGCGAUGCGACGUCUCCUCUCAAUGUGGUUAUUAUGGGACGCAAGACGUGGGACUCGAUACCGGCGCGGUUCAGGCCUUUGAAGGGGAGACUGAAUAUUGUGUUGUCGAGACAGUCUCGGCUGAGGGAUGCUAUCCGGAGUUCCAGCAUCCACGACAGCCCCGCGUACAGCUUCCCUACCCUCGAAUCCGCCCUCGCCUACCUGCAAUCCAUACCCCAUAGCGCCAUCUUCAUCAUCGGCGGAGCCCAACUCUACGCGAACUGCAUAACCCAUCACCAAUGCGAGCGGAUCCUGCUGACAGCCGUCGACCCACCCAACCCGAUUGAAUGCGACGCGUUCUUCCCGGAGAUUCCUAGCGAUCUGUUUAGAUUGGCGAGUGGGAGAGAGUUUGCGAAUGUGGUGGGGCAAGAGUACCCGGACGGGAUUCGUGCGGAAAACGGGUAUGGGUAUGAGUUCCAGAUGUGGGUUCGGCGCGAUGAUGAAAGGCAACGAACUGCCCGAGCGCCGUCAGAAUUGCCGGUAGAUCUCGCAACGUGCUCCUCCGACCGAGCCCACGGCCGAACAAGCCGACACCCCUUCCCCGACCCCUCCGUCUCUGCAAUCACCCCAGCGUCACAGACCCCACACGGCGCAUCCUACUCUCUAUCAAACUCCCACCCAUUGCUCUCACUCCAAAUCGACCCUUCGCUGGUCUGGCACCCCUCCGACAUGUCCGUGCCGUCCACCAUCCUCCCCAACGACCUCCUCCUCCUCGGCGGCGCCAACGCUCCGCCAGAGGGAGCUUACACCCCGCUGUUCACGCCGGAGAAAAGUGAACAGAGUUUUAGGACUGCGAGGUCGUCCGCUGGUAAAAGUGGGAUACCUUCACCAUCAGGAAGUGACCAUCGCCGGGAGGAAUCGACACCGUGGGAAGGCUUCAACAGCACAUUGGGCUCGACACCCAGUGAGCGGGCUGCCCGGAGCGAUUCGUCGAGGAGGGAUCAUGACGGGGAUAGAACAGUCACCUGUGAAUCGAACUCGGUGUAUGAUUCGCUGAUGAUGCGUGUCCAGGAGGUGUUGAUGCUCGAGGACCAGGAGAGUGCGGAUGAAGAGGUGGUGGUGGAUCCGGAAACGAGUUUGUUGCAGAAGGUGCACGAGAUUUUGCAGGGGGGUGAGGGAGUUACUAUCGUGGGUAUGCGAGAGGGUGCAGUUGCGCAAAGGAGGUCGAAUCAACAGCCGAUUGCCCUGGAUGUAUCUGGCCAUCGAGACCACUCCGCCCGUCGGGAUAACGACCAAGGAGAUGAACAACAAGACGACUUCCCCCACUCAGACCCCCUCCCCGGCCAAACCAACAUCGACUUCUCCCUCGCGGACGGCACGAUGGCCAUGUCGGACGUUGCGGCCGCCGUGCAUGCCAAAACAACGGUUAGGUCGAGACAGCCCACGCGGUACGGGGAAUGGAAUGCGCUGCGUGAGUUGGGUGGUACGAGGCGGGAUGUGGGGGGUAGACCGGUUGUGGGAGGGUUAGCUGGUGCCCCGCCGCCACCUGUGAGAGGAACAGUGAGGGAAAGGCCCGUGGAUCCGUCUAUAUGGGUGCCGCGGAUCGAGUAUGAGUCGUUUGUGAGCAAUGGGGGGGAGGAUAGUGUUGCUGAGCAUGAACUUGCCCCCAUCUUGGCGAAAUACGCGGCUAUCACUGCGGCCGGCCGGCGGCAACCGUCCUUGUAUCAACAUUCAAAGCAAGUGUUACACCAAAACCAUGUUGGGCAGCGGUCAGCGGGACCAGCCGGGCAGUUCCCGCCUCACGAAAUCCACCGCCCAACCUCCCUCAGCAGUGACGAGGAGGACUACGACUCGUACACGGCCCCACCGUCCGCCAUAAAUCUGACCAAUAUGGACAGCACAACCUUCGCCGACCAGCUCUCCCUUGCGAGUAUGGAGUAUAUGAAGCGGUAUGGGCUCGCUGGGGCUGGCGGUAGCGGUGCGCAAUCGGAAAAAUUGGGGAAGGAGGCAGCGGGUACAAACGCAUCGGUGCAAAGAUUGCGCUCGGUGCAACGUGAGCAGCUGAGUAAAGUGUUGGAUGUGGAGCGGAUUAGGAGGUUGCCGAAGUUGGGGAUGCCUGGGCCGAGGAGGGGGUGACGGGAUUCAUGCAUAGACUA